GAGCUCCGUUGCAGGUAACGACGUAAACGAAUCCACAGCCUCAACACCAUCAACCAGACUGUCACCAUCACAACGGCUCUCUGUUAACUUCGACCUGGUUUUUAGUUGUUUCAGAGAGGUUACCCAUCUUCUUUAUCUCUCUUGUCUCGUCAUCACAACGAAUUCAUCAUGUCUCGCCGUUACGAUUCCCGAACAACCAUCUUCUCACCAGAGGGCCGUCUGUACCAGGUCGAAUAUGCUCUAGAGGCCAUCUCACACGCAGGUACAGCCAUUGGCAUCCUGGCAAAGGAUGGUAUCGUCCUGGCCGCCGAGCGAAAGGUCACCUCGAAGCUGCUGGAGCAAGACACCUCCGCCGAGAAGCUCUACAUUUUGAAUGACAACAUGAUUUGCGCCGUCGCUGGCAUGACCGCCGAUGCCAACAUCCUUAUCAACUACGCCCGACAAGCCGCUCAGCGAUACCUCCUCACCUAUAACGAAGACAUUCCUUGCGAGCAGCUUGUGCGUCGACUUUGCGAUCUUAAGCAAGGAUACACCCAACACGGUGGUCUACGACCCUUCGGUGUGUCUUUCAUCUACGCUGGUUGGGAUCCUCGUAGACAAUUUCAGCUCUAUCUCAGCAACCCCUCUGGCAAUUACGGUGGCUGGAAGGCUACAAGUGCGGGUGCCAACAAUGCAAGCGCACAGAGUCUCCUCAAGCAGGAUUACAAGGAAGACUGCACUCUGAAGGAGGCUUGCGGCAUGGCGGUCAAGGUUCUUAGCAAGACGAUGGAUUCUACCAAGCUGAGCAGCGAGAAGAUUGAAUUCGCGACAGUAGGACAGACCGAGGACGGCAAGAUCUACCACCGCCUGUGGAGUGCUGACGAGAUUACGGCGCUGUUGAAGGAGCAUGACCUGGCGAAGAACGAGGAGACAGAGGAAAAGUAAGCAACAAGGCUAUAGAUUCUUGAUAGAUGGGGAGAAAGGAAUGCGGGGCCACUCUUAUCUGCCCCUGUACAAUAAUAUCAUGAAAUGACCACAAAACGAGACUUAUCCAACGCCUGG